AUGCUCUCCCUUCUGUUGGCUUGUCUGAUUUGCGCUGGUUUCGCAGCACCCACACUGGCUCAAUCAGUCUUUGCGCACGUUAUCGUCGGAAAUACGUACGGUUAUACACAGGAUGACUGGGCCCGAGACAUUGCAAUAGCCUUGAAUGCGAGCAUCGACGGCUUCGCACUCAACAUUGGCUAUCUCGACACCAUCGAUCCUGCCGGCUUUGUCCAGGCGCAACUCGACAAUGCAUACCACGUGGCGGACGGAGCUGGGUUCCAACUAUUUCUGUCGUUCGACUAUGCCGCGCAGGGCGCCUGGGACCAGAACGCAGUGAUCAAGACCAUCACCAGCUACAGCUCGCGUCCAAGCCAGUUUAGAUGGGUGGGGAGGCCCCUGGCGUCAACUUUCGAGGGUCCCGACAGUGCAGGCGACUGGGGAUACAUCAAAUCUCAAACAAAUUGCUUCUUCGUGCCGGAUUUCUCCAGCCAGGGAGCAUUGGGCGCUGCGGCCAAGUCCAAUGUUGACGGUCUCCUGUCAUGGAACGCGUGGCCCGAAGGUGCAAACGACAUGACAGAUGGCGAUGACCAGGCUUAUAUCGCAGCUCUCAAUGGCAGACCGUACGUCAUGCCCGUGUCACCGUGGUUCUAUACCAACCUGCCCCAGUGGUCCAAGAAUUGGCUUUGGCGAGGGGACGAUCUCUGGCAUCAUCGAUGGCAGCAGGUAGCAGAGAUUCAGCCGACAUUCGUGGAGAUCCUGACCUGGAAUGACUGGGGUGAAUCCCACUAUAUCGGUCCGCUUCCGCCUACUGACUCGGCAAUCCCAACGGGCGCUGAACCAUAUGUCAAAAGCAACCCCCACGACGCCUGGCUGAAGGACCUACCACACUAUAUCGCGCAAUAUAGAAACACAACACGACCUGAUGAAAGCCACGUCACUUUCUGGUACCGCCUGAACCCCAGCAACUCGGGCUCGUCAGGGGGCACGACUUGCAACACGCCCAGUUAUCAGACUCCAUUUCCUCCGCAUGAGUGUGUAGCUGAUGCUGUCUUUUUUACUGCUUUCGUACCGGACAACGCCAUUGCAACUGUGAAUGUGACUAUUGGCGGAGCAACGCAAUCGGUCACGGCGACUGCGCCAGGCAUCUUUCAUUCUAGCGUGUCUUUUAAUGACAUACGUGAUGGUGCUGUGUCUGUUGCUGUGAGUGCCAGCGAUGGUACUGAGAUUGGGCCAGUCAAUGGUGCUGCCAUCACGACGAACUGUGUGGGCGGCAAAGUCAAUUGGAAUGUUUGGGUGGGAGGUUCGUGA